AUGCGAGCAUGCCGCAAGCAUGAGGCCGGCUGCAGCGGCAACCUGCAACUGCAAGGUGUGGCGUGGCUUCGGAUUGUCGUGGUGGUCAUCGUCAUCGUCAUCAUCGUCGUCGUCAUCAUGAUGAUGGUGGUGGUGAUGGUGAUGGUGGUGGUGAUAACAUCUGUGGCCGCAUCCCUUGAAGCAAGCCGCUCUCCGAUAGCUAUACGGUGGCAUGUAGAGGCAGGAGUGGGAGACGCAGUGGUGGUAGCAGAUGCCGGGCACGUAGUCGAUGCAGUCUUCCGUGCACACCUGCCUGCACUCGUCGUCGUCGUCAUCGUCGUCGUCGUCGUCAUCGUCGUCAUCAUCGUGGAUAUAGUCGUGAUCGUGAUCGUUGUGGUCAUGGUCGUCGGAUAUGGAUGCGGCGAGGGCACGAACGACGCCAGUGGAGAUGGCGUCGUCGUCGUUGUCAUCGUCGUCAUAGUCGUCAUCACAUUUCCUCAUGCAGGACCUGUAGCACUUGCGGUACAUGUGCUGGUCGUAGCCCUGCCCCGCCGCCGCAGUGAAGAGCACGGCGGCGCCCAGGAGGACGGCGAGCCCGACCGCCUUGGAUGA